AUGUCGCAGAAUAGCAUCAUAGACCUCACCGGAGAAAGCUACCCGCCUGCGCCUGUGAUACCCGUCGGUCUCAUGCGCUCAGCGUCGACCGGGGAAAGAAGCAGUUCUGCCACAGAUCUCUCUGAGGAAACUGAUAUACAUGAUACACGUUCCGAUGCUGAGCCAUAUGAGCGGCCUGCAGGCUCGACUGACUGGUCAACUGCGCCCGUGGAGACGCCUGUAUCGGUAGCAGGAUCUCUCAACCAUGCUCCGCCCGCUGAACAGCAUGCGGUUGCGACCCCGCAAUUGGACGCCACGACAAUUGCGAUAGCCGACGGUUCACAUACAAGUCAUACGGCAACAGAAGACGCCGUUGCUGAUGAGCAAGUUCUCUUGAUGCUGGUAGGGCUGGUCGGCGCAGGCAAGUCUACGUUUGCAGACGCUCUGGAGCGGGAAUUUCCUCUCUUCAGGCGGUGCUGUCAAGAUGAGAUGGGCGAUCGGCGCGCAGUUGAGAACGCGGCGCGGCGGACGCUUCAGGAAGGACAUUCCGUAUGUAUUGACCGCACGAAUCUCGACAGGACGCAGCGUUCUCACUGGCUGAACAUCGCACACGAGCAAAAUGUACCGGUUAGGAUCAUCUUCUUUGACACGCCGUACAAUGUCUGUGCUGAACGACUGCAACAUCGACGCAAUCAUCCAACGCUGCAUGAUGCGCAGACGGCGAUCUCAGUCCUUCGCCGCUUCUCUAGCUCUUUUGAACCUCCGCAUCCGAGUGAAAGACACCAAUCCUUACUUAGACUUACGCCCGCCGACCACGCUUCUGUAGACUACUCGCGUGACGACAUCAUACAGGUUCUUCGACGUGCGCGCGACGCAUCGGCCGAAUUGGAUCCACGCCAGCAACCUAUCACGAAUUUCUUCCGAGGUGGUGGAACGGGAAGAGGAGGGUACAAUGCUUAUGGUAGCGGGUCGCACAGCGCCCGUGGAACCGGCGAUUACCGCGGCAAUACGUACGGAUACGGGUAUGGCGGGCGUGGGCGCGGCCAUGCUUAUCCCGCGAGCCGCGCGCGAGGCACGUACCCAUAUUCGGGACCAACACCUGGUAGUUGGAGAAGCCGCGCAUCGGCUGGAUAUGGCAAUCGAGGAGAUCGAGGAGGACGCGGUGCGGGCCGAGCGGCGGACAAGGAUGGCAUCGGACACGAGGCGAUGAUUCUGGGCGCGGAGGUAAAGCAGGAGGCUCAGCUGGUUCGGACCGAGGGUCGUGGCGAGGGGCUGGUACAACGACAGAUCCUUUCGAGUUUGACUAGGGAAUAG